UCUCCGUCUUAAAUGUGAUAUACAGUGUACGUUGGAUAUUGAUUGUAAAAGGCAACAAAGAAAUUAAAAGGCACUUGAAAAGGAUCAGUCAAUAUUAGGUCUGAUAAUACAAAUUUUUGUAGGGCACUUGGUUGUGAGUUUUCCCCCUCUUGUAUCGACUUAAAUCAAUAGCAGGUUUUCUUCCUCGAAGCAUGGUCCACAAAUAUAUGUAAUCGCAUAAGCUGGGGCUAAUGUUUAACUCUCAAAUAAUCGCAAACAUAUCCUUAACAAAUAUCCAUUGCACGUCACUUUUGAGGCCCCUUAAAGGACCGAGACAAAUAAAAAUCCUUGAAAUUGCAUCUUCAUUCCAACUUCCACUUCUUUUUCCAACAAAUACUUGAAUAUUGAGUUAUUUGAUUUUGCCUAUGGUGAAAACAACAACCUAUGCCCAAAUACUGUUUUACAAAAUUAAACAAACCUUAAAAAGUUCCCCUCACAGAUAUCAGAGAGGUAAUAUUGAUUUGAAGGACGGAAGGUCCAUUUUCAACAUUUCCGAUAUUACCUCACUUAUAAUGACAAGUACCCCGAAAGGUGCGAGGAGCUCUUCACUUUCUAUAUUUCUUCAAAUCGACUGCUAGUUUCAUCAUGGCGUCUGCUUCAGUCAUGGAUAAGCAAGUUUCGCACAUGCUACAGAUUCCCUCCGUGAAAACGUCAGGAUCUUCCAAGACGUCACAUAAUACAGGGUCUUCCAAACACGUGCAAUCUUCACCAACCGGGUCCCCUUCAUUGAAGCAAAAAAUGACUAAAGCUGCAGCGAAUAGUAUGGCAGUGAAGCCUAUUCCAAUUUUAUCAAUUUCGUCGUUUUAUGAGUUAUCGGCUUAUAUGCCGAACGGAAAAAUGGAUCAUUUCGAAAAGUACCAUGGAAAAGUAUCUCUAGUUGUUAAUAUGGCUACUUGUGAUAAAAAUACCAAACAAGAACUUCUACAGCUGAAUGACUUUGCCACAACAUAUGGAUCUAAAGGUCUUGUCGUUAUGGCUUUUCCCUGCAAUCAGUUCGGUAAAUUGGAACCUUUAGAUAACGAUGAAAUUCCUUUGUUUUUACACAACGUGCGACCUGGGUUAAAGUUUGAGCCAAAAUUUACAAUUUAUUCUAAAGUUGAUAUUAAUGGAAGUCACGCACAUCCAGUGUUCGAAUAUCUUAAGGUAAAACAGCCAUUACCACAGGAUGACGAUGGUCUAAUCGCGCGAGAAUUAAGCGAGAUCAGCUGGCAACCCCUGUGUAGGAGUGAUGUCAGUUGGAAUUAUGAGAAAUUUUUAGUGUCACAUGAUGGACAACCCAUUAAAAGAUACAAUCAUAAGACUACAGCGGAAAUAAUUAAGAGAGAUCUCGAAUCGGCCUUGAGACGCAUUCCAAAAGCCACAAGAGAGGCCCUUCAACAACACCACUGAAAAUUAUAAAUUUU